UGGCUCUUCACCACAGUCAAAGGUUCAAUUUUUUGAAAACCUCCUCUGUCUGUAUUCAUCACUUCUCUUUUUUCUCGAUUUUGCAAAGCGUCACUUACCCCUUGACAUCUACUAGUAGCUCACUGCUGCGCGUAAGCCAUGCACAAGCCACCCCUCACCGUGGCCUUAACUCCUUCUUCCAUCUGUUUCUUUGAUCACCUUCUUCCCCCAUUUCAUCACUUCUAUAAAGGCUUCACAUUUUAUGUUUACAAGCCGAGAUGUAUAAUUAAUCAAUUUACAAAUAUGAAAAGCCAAGUUGAAGAGAGGUUCACCGAGUUCUUCGAGAAGUGGGUUUGUCAACUUGAAGAAUACCUUCAUCAACUCAUUAAGGUUUCAAAGGAGACUGAUUCAAAUGAAGCCGAUCAACAAGCUGUAGUAUCGAAAGUGACAACCCAUUUGAAAGAGUACUACACAGUCAAAUGGGCUCUAGCUCAUGAAGACGUGCUUGUGUUCUAUUGUCCGGGUUGGAUAAGCACAUUAGAGAAUGCUUAUUCAUGGCUUACUGGGUGGAAACCAUCGAUGAUUUUCAAACUUGUCGACUCUAUGAGGAAGGCUGGGAUCCCCGGCGCGAGUCUUUCUGAGUUGAGUGAGCAACAAGUGAAGAAGAUAGAAGAGUUGAGAGUGAAGAUAAGGUUUGAAGAGGAGAAGGUUGAGAGAGACAUGGAAAGGCAACAAGUUUCCAUGGCGGAUAGAAGAAUGGUGGAGCUGUCUCGGUUGGCUAGCCGAGCUACAAACGGCGGUGACACAACGGUUCAGGUGGACGGCCUGGUGGAGGUGGCAUUGAAAGGAUUAAAGAUCGGAUUGGAAAAAGUUAUGAAAGGUGCAGAUUGUGUUCGGCUCAAGACACUGAAAGGCGUUUUGGACAUAUUGAAUUCGAAGCAAUGUGUAGACUUCUUAGCCGGCACUUGCUUGCUUCACAUUCGGCUGCAGCUGUGCGGCAAGAAUAGAGACGCCAACUGCGCUUUAGAAUUGAAAACAAGCCUUGGUGUUUGAGUUGUUGAAACAGUAGAAUCAAUGAGGGUUUUCAUUAGGAUGACCAUAGUUUUAGUGUUUGUUAAGUUUGUUCUGUGGUUUGAUUAAUAUUUUCCAUUGUGUUUCCGACAAAA